CCUCCACCGCACGCGUGUAUCGUUAUACUUAUGAGCUCUUGGUAUUUAUUGUCAUCUUGAGUUUCGUGCGAUAAGUCGAACGUGAUAGUUGUUUUCUUUUGUAAAAAUGUUUCCUUUAUCGAUAAAGGCGAAAAUACAGACGUUAUUUCUAGUUUUAGUGCUUUCACUGGUAUAUGGACAAGAUAGGAAGAUAAUACCGCAGUUAAAUCCAGGUUGCACAAAUUGCACAGCUGAAAACACACUCAUCUACGUUAAAGCUAUAGGCUCCCAUGACACCGUCCACCAAAUAUGGGACUUCACCGGAGGCAUACCUACAACAUUAUUUGCUAUUACUGCUGUGAAUUCUUCUUAUAUUAUCUCUUGGGAGGGUACAAAACCGUCCACAUUUGCACUUGACAAAGCACCGACGUACAUGUUUGGAGCUUCUUUAGAAGAGCUUUUUCCCCAACAGUUGGACCUACUGCCAUUCAAAGACUUUGCUGUUGAACUUCCUCACCUUAUCCACACCGCAAACUCAACGUUGGUCGAUCUGAACUUCGUCAAUUUAACAUCGAGUGAGGAGUUUAAGGCGCCGCGAUUUGCCGUACGACUAAGAAUGGCCUCACGCGAUCCGAACACUGACAGCAUGCGGUAUUACAUGAGGAAGAGUUUAGACGAUGAACAUACACCGGGAGUUUUUGAGGUAAUGGAAUUAAAAACCCCGGAGUCGUACUACAACGGUGACGGUGGUUAUAUCCAAUUUCGUCCGGUUGCGUACACGCAGCCUGCGCGCGGCGUCGCCUCGUCCACCAUCGUGCAUGUCUCCAAUUUUGUUAACAGCUCGCUAUCCUGGCCCAGCACAAUGCGCGUGUUCUUCGAUAGCGUGAGCCCUCUGUUGGUCCAAGACAUGGUCAUCUCCUUCGGCGAGACCGGAGACGGCUUCUACACCAAACACAACUACACUGGUUGGUCGUACACGAUAGGGUACGGCUCUCCCCCGGUGGAAGGAUUCUCGCUGUUCGUGAUCCUCAUAAUCGCUAUCGGGCUGUCGGUACCGGUGGUGCUGGCGCUGUCCGGCGUCGUCUUCGUACUGCUGCGGAGGAUGACGCAAAGGAACACUCCGGCCAGGUUUGUCGACGACGACUGAUGAGAAUGAUCUCAGGGUAACUUCUAGACUUGGGUAUAGCAGAUGUUGCUGUAGGCGACACGUGAUUUUUUUUACCUUUAUUCUGGCUCCUCGCACAUUCCAUUGCAUUAAACUUAAGUUUACUGACCAGUGCUUGCAAUGCGAAAUACCCUUCUGAUACAUUGUGUUAGGACUGUCUUAUCCAUUAGAGCAUUGAUUUUAGUAUUAGACAGAAGGAAAUGUUGGGUCUUUUAUCAGGAGCCCGAUUCAGAACUCUUCGAUGUUGUAACCGAAUCGUUCAAUUAGAUAUCGUUCUUGAAUCGAAGGACGCUUUCCGAGCUACUCAGAACAUUCGGAUUCGGAUACGAUAUCGUUAUCCAACAGCGCUUACGGAGUUGAUCAGUGAAUAAAGAUUAUAAGAAAAAUUAAAAACGUUUUAUAUACUUUCGUAAGACUUUAAAGGCCCAAAAAUAUCGGAAUGCAUUUGUCUUGCAUUAAAAUAAUUUAAUAAAAUUGAACAAAAUCCAGACCUUAUUUAAAAGAAUAAGAUAUUUCCAUAUUACAUUCUUGCUUUGUGAAUAAUAGGACGUUCGGUAACUGUCACGUUUGCAGCCUUUGCCGGUCGAGAAGUUCGAGUAAUCGUACGGGUGUGACGUCAUUUCGGUUCGGUUUCGAAUACGACAGUUCGACGUUCGAUUCGGGUGUAUGUUGACUACUGUGUUAUCGUAACUUUCUGAAUCGACCCCAGGCUACAUUUUAUUCAGACAUUUUGCAAGUAAUAAAUACCGUGAACCAAAAUUCUUAAACAUAUUUACUACCUUUAUGUAAUUAUUACGUUUUUUUUAUUAGUAGUUCUUACUAUAAAAAUUUUUUUAUUUACAUUCUCUAUCUAUUCAAAGAGUUGCAAUAUUAAAAACAGCUUCCAAACAUUAAACGUAGUGUCCGUUUAGUAUUUUAUUAUAUAAUCAACUUUACUGUAAUUUGUUGACUGAAGAAAUGGGUUUACGAUCGCUGCUUCUUUGUUUACGUUUUUUGUAAUCCUAAAAACAAUAAUAGUAUUUAUUUAUUUUCACUCACAAAUGCGGCUUAACAGCAAAAUCUAUGGGACAAUACGAACUAUAAGUUUAGUGCAAGUGGACAUGGAGUCUCGCCUUGAAAAUUACUGCUAUAGCACAAAAUAUGAAUUUAGGAGAGAAAGGAAAUAACAAAAUCGCAAAAGCAACCUCUGCUGUAUUUAUUUGAAGUUUAUCCUUAGUUAUUAGCUGAUAUAGAAUGAAUGCAUUAUGAUAAAUUAAGAACAGGCCCGUAGGGUUACCUGAUUUGGUCUGAAACAAUGUUAACAUACACACUAUAUUAUAGAAAUGGAUGGACAACCCUGGUGAAUAAAAAACAGUAUUUUUUAACAUUCAUUGACUUUUAUAUUUACGUUAUUCUACAAAGGAAUUGAAAUCUUUUCAAAAAAUUUAAAAGUGCUGUGAAAUAUUCAAUCUUAUUCGCUGGGGUUGUUGCAAACACUUUUGCGGUCUACGAUAUACAUAUGAGGUAACUAAGAUGGACAUUGUUAAAUGUAACUACAUACCUUCGUGUUGCGUUUUUUAUUUACACUAUACACAUGUGCGUGGAGAGAUCGUAGUACAGUCAACAUGAAAAACUAUGUAAGCGUUUUAACUAAGCUAAAUAUCGUAACAUUAUUUAAAUAAUCAACCUUUGGCUUUAAGAUGUACUUUUGUUUGAAUUUGGUCGAUAAGAUGGUUACUCACAUGUGCAGGUAUUUUGUUCAGUAUGAACGCAUAUGCUGCGCUCGCGCCACUCACGUUGAAAACUCGACACGAAGCAGCUUACUUUCAAGGUCCGUUACGAUGACUAAUAAACAGUAAUUGUAACUUUUUUAUUUAAAUAAAAACCGACCUCAAAUCAUCGGGGAAUUACAUCUAUUUGCCAAGUUUUAUUGAAAUCCGUUACCGGAAAGUGCGCGAAACCGGAUUCAUCCCC